AUGCCGCGGUGGUCGUCCCCGAAGGACCCCGCACUAGAGGCGGCGCUCCGGCGUAACCGCCGCUGGGUCGUCAACAAUCAAAUCAAGCGCCUCCUCCUCCGCUUCCCGUCCCGCACGGCGCCCGUGCGCUUCCUCCAAUCCCGCUUCAAGACGCUCGAUCUCAUGGGCCGCGCCGCCAACUGGCUCGGCAAGUACCCUUCCUGCUUCGAGGUCUUCUCCGCGGACGCCGGUGGCGGUGAGCAGGAGCCACACUUCGGCUUCACCAAGCGGAUGGCGGCGCUCGUCUGCGCGGAGGAGGCUGCCGUCGCGGCCUCCGAGCCGGCCAUGGCGGACCGCCUCGCGCGCGUGCUCAUGCUCGCCCGCGGCCGCCGCCUACAGGUUUCCAAACUCGCCGCGCUGCGGGGCCCUCUCGGCCUCCCUGACGACUACCUCCUCCGCCUCCUCCCCGCCAACACCGAUCUCUUCCGCCUCACCAACCCCUACCCGCACCGCCGCAACGCCGCUGAGCUAGAGCUCCUCAGAUGGGCGCCCUCGCUCGCCGUCUCCGCCGUCGAGGCCGCCGCGGCCGCGAGCGACUCGACCCCACGGUUCACCUGCUCGCUACCGGCCUCAUGGGUCAAGUCGCACGCCAAGAUGGAGGACUUCAACGCCUCCACGCCUUACAUCUCGCCCUACUCGGAGGAGUGGGCCUUACCGGGCACGGACGCCGAAGCCGACAAACGAUCGGUGGCCGUGGUGCACGAGCUCCUCUCUCUCACCCUGUGGAGAAAGAUGUCAAUUUUGAAGCUGGAGCAUUUUAGGAGGGAGUUUGGGCUACCGGAGGACACAGUGAGGAUGCUGCUCCGGCACCCCUGCCUCUUCUAUGUGUCGAAUCGGUACAAGAUACAUACAGUGGUGCUCCGUGAGGGCUACGAGGGGUCAGAGCUGAGAGAGAAGGAUCCGGUGGUGGUGGCCAAGGAUCGGCUCGGGGAGCUCAUGCAGGAGGGGCUGCAUGAGUAUAACCAAAGGCGGCGAGCGAUGAAUUUUGAGAAGAAGAGGAGGAGAGGGGAGGUUGAGGUAAAGAAAGAGAAAGAGGUGGAGGAUGAGGAAGUGGCGCGCUUGGAUAGUGCAGAGAAAAGGGAGGAGAGGAGGCGGUUUUAUAAGGUGUUGUUCGGUGAUGGCAAUCGAUGCAAUAAGGUUGGCAAACUAUCUGCAACUGAAAAUGCUACCAGUUAUGAGAGCCUGUCCCAUGGAUCUUAUGGCCAGUGGGGAUUCUUUAUUGAGACAUGUAGAUCAGAAGCUUUGAAAGAUCAGAUGAGGCUGAUGCCACAGAACCGGUGA